AUGGCUGAGAAGAAAGGGGAGCAGUUGAUGCAGGAGGCGGAGAAGAAGGCCAACGGCGGGUCUGGCUUCUUCUCAUCCCUCUUCUCGGACCCGAUGCGGCGGGCGGAGGAGGCUGCUGAGCUGUACAAGGAGGCGGCCAUCCAGUUCAAGAUUGGCAAGGCAUACGCCCGCAGCGGCGAGGCGUACAUGAAGGCCGCAGACCAAUUCACAAAAUGCCAGCUGCCACACGAGGCUGCCAGCGUGUACAUUGAUGCAGCAACGAGCCUGAAGAAGGAGUCACUUGAAGAGUCCCUCAAGUGCUCCAUCCUUGCUGCAGAGACCUACCUCAACAUGGGCAGGUUUUCCAUGGCUGCGAAGCAGUACAAGAACGUGGCGGAGGCGUAUGAGUCGCAGACCAGCGAUCUGGACAGCGCCAUGGAGUACUUCCAGCACGCCGUUGAAGCGUACGAAAACGACGACGCGCAGACCUCUGCCGACAAGCUCAAGCUCAAGCUGGCUGAGAUUUAUGCACGCAAGGACCGCUUCGCGGACGCGUACACCGCAUUUGAGGAGGUGGCAUCACGCAUGAUCGACAACAAACUGCUGCGUUUUGGCUCGAAGGAGUUUUAUCUCAAGGCCGGAAUCUGUCGCCUCUGCGCCGGUGACGCAAUCGCUGCACGCCGCGCUGCUGAAGGAUACAUCACCGCAUUCCCGCAAUUCCAGGACACGCGCGAAGAAAAACUCCUCUUUGGACUGCUGGAUGCCGUGGAUGAGAAUGACGUCGAGAAGUUCACAGAGGCCGUGCGUGAGUUUGAUUCGAUCCAGAAGUUGGACGCGUGGGGCACAACAAUGUUGCUGAAGGUCAAGAAAACCCUGGAGGACGAAGACGACGUGCUUUAA